GGGGCGAUUGUGGAUUAGACCACUCACCGGGUUGGGGGGUUACACAUUUGCAUGCCUGUGCUUUUGUAUGAACGUACAUAGGCGCAUAUACGUAGGAUUGGCUUCUGCUCGUUGCGUUCCCCGUUGAAGGCGUAUCGUAGCGGGAGGAAGUUCCUCAACGUAUUUCUGACUUUUUCCCUUUUUUAUUCCCCCCCCCUUUCCAGAAAUUGGUUGGCCAUCUUUGACAUCGGUCAUUGUCGCCAUGCCAGUUCAGCCUCUGCCGAAGGAGAUGGAAGGGGAAGGCGAUUCGGCCACGGAAAUGAACGGCGAGGAAGAGAGCGACGACGAACGGAGCGCCAGCCAGUCGGAAUCCGAAGAGGAGAGUUCAGAGAUGAACGACGACGAUUACGAACGGCGCCGGGCCGAAUGCGUGGAUGAAAUGCUAGAUCUGGAGAAGCAGUUUUCCGAAAUCAAAGAAAAGCUGUUUAAGGAACGUCUGAAUCAGGUGAAAGCAAAAUUGGAAGAUGUGAUAUCGGGAAAAGCCACAGAAUACCUCGACCCCCUGGCCGUUUUGCAGAAUCACAUGCAGAUCCAGAUUGAAGUGGCCGGGGUCUAUCGAGGUUUGUGCCUGGAAGUCAUCAAACACCGACAUGGAUGUGAGCUUCAAGGAGCACAGCAACAUCUGGAGAGCGAGAAAGUGCUGCUGUUCGACAGCCUUGAGGAACGCCUGCUGGAGCGUAUCCAGCGGUUGGAGGAUGACCGCCACAGUGUGGGCCUCACUUCUGAGUGGUGGGAUGGCAAACUUCGACCCAAGCACAGCUCCAAGGACUGGGAUUCCCUCUGGUCCAGCAAGAGGAAGAAACCGCUGCUGGUGUCCGGCCCGUACAUCGUUUACAUGCUACACGAUAUCGACAUCAUGGAAGACUGGACGGCUAUCAAAAAGGCAAAAGCUGCUGUAUCUCCCUCAAAAAGGAAGCUUGAAGGCCCGCUAAAGGCUGAGAAGCUGUCUUCUCCGCCUCUCUUCGCCGCCCACUGCGAGGAUGGCCACCUGCAUUACGAGGGCGAGAUCUACGUCAAAGGGGAGAGCAUCUUCCUGCAAGUGGGAGACGAGACCCCCGUCCAGGCUGUGAUCACGGCUAUCAGCACCGGCGAAGUUUGGCUGCGCCGGGAAGACGCUAGCAAAACCAAGAUCUACGUUUCCCAACUCCAAAAAGGCAAAUAUUCCAUACAGAAGGCUUAGCGAAUCCCGUGUGGUGGGGACUGGGGGCCUUCGGCAGCGCCCCCCACCUUCAAAAACCCAAACUUUUUCCUGGAAAUGAAAGGAGACCCUGUCGCCACAAGCAACUUCUUCCUCAUACCUGUUCGGUCAAAAAAAAUUUU